AUGUAUCGGAAGUUGUCUAAGUUAGAACACUCGGAAAUAAAACAACUUCUUACAGAAGCUAACAUAGAAGUAGCAACACAUUACGCGACAAACAAAAAAGCACUCGCUGACAUCCUCAAUGACUACAAUGGUGAAAUAACUUAUGAUAGAAUUCAUGAGUUCAUAAAGCCGCAACGCGGCGAGGACGAAGUCCAUGCAAGAACUUUUCCUUUAAAUGACGUUGCUAUUGACUUAUAUCAUAGACGUUCAGUACCUCAUGAAGUAAGAAGAGAAAUGUUUGACAUAACAAAUGCAAACGUUGGUGAAACAAGAAGAAGAGACGACACACUGAAACAACAGAGAAGAGAGAUGUUUAAAAGUGCUAUAGAACAAGUUCGCAAAACUAAUGAUGUCAUUCGUUCCAUUGACGACAAACCAAAAGAAGGUGAGAGAUGGUUAAAGAAAGAUGAAGAGAAUAGGAAGAGGAAUGUGAAGACAGGUAAUAGACUCAUUGACUUUAACAUCGAAGCUUUAGAUGAACCAAACAGAGAAUAUUUACAUAAACAUUUCGGUAAGGUUUUCAUGAGACUCUUAGAGAAAAUUAAAAUAAACUCACAACAGAGAUGGAUGGUAUGUUAUAAACUUGGUGGAAAGUAUGAAUGUUCUACGUUAAACCUCAAUAAUAUUGGAACAUUACUACAUCAGCUCUUGAAGGAGAACUUUAUAUCAGAGAUAGAAGCAAAUGCCGCAGGUAUUGUUGAAAUGCACUAUGACUUCUUCUUGACAAACAUAAAGAAUCUUACCGAAAUAAAGAUGUAUGAUUUAACAGAAUAUGAAGGCUUAACGAUGUCAGAU